AACUGCCCUUUUUAAUAAACAGUUAGCAGGUUCCCCCCUCUUGCUCUCUCUCUCUUCCCUCCUCCUCUUCACGCCGGGAUUUGUGUAUGGAGUGGAGUGAGUUUCAACGUCACGACUCAUUCGAAGCCGCGCCGUUCAGUCUCUCCAUUUCGGAUACCCACCCGCGGCAAGUGAGCGGCACAGCGGGGGAGAGCGGCAGCGGCAUCCCGAGCGACAUACACACGGCACUCGCGUUGGGAAAACUUCAAUCUCAAAAAGGCAGAAGAAUCCCACCCUCUCCCCCACCCCUGACAACGUGCCGCGAAGCGAAAUGCUGCUAACAAUAUAUGACUGGUUUUGGUGGGACCGCCUGUGGCUUCCUUACAAUCUGACCUGGACUGAUCUUGAAGACCGAGAUGGCCGCGUGUAUGCUAAAGCUUCAGACCUUUGGAUAACCUUGCCAUUGGCUCUGCUUUUCUUGGUUGUCAGACAAGCCUUUGAACUAUAUGUAGCUACCCCUCUUGCCAACCUUUUAAAUGUUAAAGACAAAGUACGAUUAAAAGCAACACCAAACACAGUAUUAGAAGACUUUUACAUUUCAACAUCAAAGCAUCCUAAGCAGCUGGAUAUAGAGGCUCUUUCUAAAAAGGCCGGUUACUCCCUACGUCAAGUGGAACGAUGGUUUAGGAGGCGGCGAAACCAGGACCGUCCAAGCUUAUUAAAGAAAUUUCGUGAAGCCAGUUGGAGAUUUAUCUUUUACCUUAUUGCUUUCAUUGCUGGCCUGGCCGCUCUCAUUGAUAAACCCUGGUUUUAUGAUCUUAAGGAAGUAUGGAAAGGAUUUCCAACUCUGACGCUACUGCCUUCCCAGUAUUGGUACUAUAUGAUUGAAUUGGGGUUCUACUGGUCUCUGCUGUUCAGUGUUGCUUCUGAUGUUAAAAGAAAGGAUUUCAAGGAACAAAUAAUUCAUCACUUAGCCACAAUCAUUCUGAUCAGCUUCUCUUGGUGUGUGAAUUAUAUUCGCGCUGGCACGCUGAUAAUGUUGGUUCAUGAUUCAGCAGACUAUCUUCUGGAGUCUGCUAAAAUGUUUAAUUAUGCUGGAUGGAAAAACACCUGUAAUGCUAUCUUCAUAGUUUUUGCUGCAGUGUUUAUCAUUACACGCCUUGUCAUUUUCCCUUUCUGGAUCCUGCACUGCACUUGGGUUUAUCCCACUGAGCUGUACCCCCCAUUCUUUGGUUAUUAUUUUUUCAAUGGCCUUUUGGCAGUCCUUCAGUUGCUUCACAUAUUCUGGGCCUGUCUCAUCCUGCGAAUGGCAUGGAAAUUCAUAACUGGAAAUUAUGUUGAGGAUGAAAGAAGUGAUCGGGAGGAAACUGAUAAUUCUGAGGAAGGAGAAGAAGAGAAGGAAGCCAAGGAGGUGCAAAAAAAUGGACCAGUGUCAAAUGGACACCUGGCAUUAAACAACAACCAUCGAAAAACAGAGUAAGGAGAGUUAAGGACAACAUGGCAGCACUUAUCCUCCUGUACUGUGCCCCCUUUGCCUUGUCCCCCAUGUAUGGUUCUAACAGGCUGCAAGAGGAUGCAUGGUGAUGUUCUUUGUACUCCCAUAAUAAUCGUUUUGUCAGCCUGGCCAGGUUUCAAGAAAAUUAACUGACCAGAGUGCAGCCUUUGCUGCUGGAGACCUGGACUGCCACCCCAAGCUGGAGACGCUUGUGGUAAUCUGCAGAAAAGAGUUCAAGAAUCAUUAUGGUGGUCCUUCUCGUCGUCCUGCUCAGCCAGCCAGAAAGACUUGUGGGACUGGCAUGACUAAUUUGUUUAUUUGUCCUUUCUUUUGUUGCUUUUCAAGUGCCUUAACUGUCUUCUCUCUCUCUUCUCUCUCACCCUAACACUUCCUAGUCUUUUGUCCACAAUUGUGCUUGUCCCAAAGAUUUUUUUAAAAUAAUUUUUACAUUGCUAAUAAUAAUUAAAGACUGUGAUUCUUCCACAAUGA